AUGGACGACUUUAUACUAAAUAUAUGUAGUGCUAAGCCACAAAAACUGAGUGAAAGCAAAAGUCCAAAAAUUCCAGCAACGAACAGUUACAAGAAGCAUGCAAUACCAUCUGCCACUACUUUGGUGCAAACGCCCUUGGAAACGAAAGCCAAGAGGGAACCUGCAGAAAAAUCUAGCAAAAGCAAACUGUGCAGCGAUUCAGAUCCUCAGGAAAAGUUAAUUCGAAGCAAAAAUUCCUUGCAGUUUGGUAUCGAUAACAAAAUGUCAGCAAACAGUAAGGUGCUAAAUGAAAUGAUGAGUCAUCCUGUGAAACCGAAAAUAGAACCAGUUUUUUCGCUUAAACAUUGGAAGGAUGUAUGUAAAUCACUGGGAAUCUUCCCACAUUUAACUGCUUGUUUACUUGAGCGAUUCAAACUGGAUCACCUGACCGCCAUUCAAGAAGCUGCACUCCCUCCCUUAGCCAGUGGAAAUGAUGUCUUGGUGCGUGCCCAAACAGGUUCAGGAAAGACUCUUGCAUAUGCUGUGCCAUUGUUCAAUCGACUAAUGAGCUUAGAUCCUCCUGUUGAACGCAAAGAUGGGCCGCUGGGACUAAUAAUACUUCCUUCAAGAGAGUUAGCAACACAAACAUACGAUGUCUUCAAAAUGCUGUCACACGCGUGUGUACGCAUUGUUCCAGGGUUGCUGAUCGGAGGGAUGAAACGCAAGUCACAGAAAGCAAGCCUAAGAAAAGGUAUUAACAUCGUAAUCGGUACACCAAAGCGUAUUUUGGAUCAUAUUGGGCAUACUACUACGCUUAGUCUUCAAGGAAUACAAUGGUUGGUAAUAGAUGAAGCGGAUCGUCUGUUGGAAAUGGGAUUUGAGCGAGAUGUCACACGGAUUGUUAAACAGUUAAUGCAACGGCCUGAUUCUUUUGAAGCAGACCAUAAAACGCAAACUGUCCUUUUGUCAGCAACAUUAUCUCCCGGAGUUGAGGCCCUUGCUGGUCUAACUUUAAAGAAUCCUGUUCGUUGUGUGGUAGGGGAAAGUGAAUUUAAAUCUGCAGAUACUAAAACGCAUGCGUUGACAAGUUCAAGAAAUGGACUUAGUUCUGAAGUUGUUGACAAUGUAGCUGAAUUCGCUUUACCCGCCGGAUUAAAGCAUUUUGUAUUAAUUGUACCAUGGAAAUUGCGACUUGUUUCACUGGCAGCAUUUUUGUUACUCAAAUGUAAAUAUCAUAAAGUUGGUGGGAAGCUCAUUGUUUUUAUGGCAACACAAGAUUGUGUUGAUUUUCACUAUUAUCUGUUCAAAGCAGUGUUAUGCGAUGAAUCUGAAGAACUUAUUUCCAAUAUACCUGUGGUAAAUCUUUCGGUUCAUCGACUUCAUGGUAAUAUGGAACAUAAAGAACGUGAAUCAGCCUACCAAAGCUUUGCUUCAAGUCAAGCAGGUAUUCUAAUCACUACAGAUGUUGCUAGCCGAGGUUUGGAUUUAGCAUCAGUAGCUUGGGUAGUACAGUAUCAUGUUACCGGGGGUCCUGUAGAUUAUGUACACCGUGUUGGACGUACUGCUCGUGCUGGAGGUCAAGGUAAAGCACUUAUCUUUUUAGAACCUGGAGAAAUUGGUUUUAUGGAUCUUUUAAAGUCAAGAGUUGGAAUGGAAAUGAAAGAGAUAAAUUUAUCUGAUUUACUUCAGACUGUUCUUUUUCAUCUACAAAAUACCAAACGUCCUGGAAGGCAAAGACCGGAUGAAUGUAAAACUGUUGAAGAAGGAACUAGUCGACUUUUCCACUUGUUUCUUGAAGCUGUUGACAAUGAUGACACUUUAAAUUCCCUUUCUGAAUUGGCCUACAUAUCAUUUCUACGAUCUUAUGCAAGUUUCUCUGGAGAAUUACGACCUAUAUUCACUUUUAAACGUCUUCACUUAGGUCAUGUGGCUCGUGCAUUCUGUUUACAGAAAACACCAUCUGAUGUAGCUGCUCGAGUUAGAGGUCGUUUUAUAAAAUCUGAUAAACAAAAUCAUCCUACAGGAUGGAAACGGAAACGUGGUGAUGAUGAUGAUGUUGAUGAGAAUGAUGAUGCAGGUGUAACAGAUCCACAAAGAUCGAAGUAUUCAGCAGCUUUGUCAUUUGACGGACAGCCUUCAAAGAGGAAAACUGGGAAAUUUACAAAACCCUCAGAUUUAGCCAAACGUAAUAUGCUCGCAGAAUAUGGUUUAUAAUUUUGAUGCCGACUACAACUGUACAUUUCUUUUGUAAUAUUAUUCUACCUGGACACUUAUCAUCAUCAUCAUGUGUGUGUGUGUGUGUGU